AUGGCUUUGCUUAAGGGCGUCGUUGGCAAGGUUCAGAAGAAGCUAUCCCACUCAGAUAGCAGGAAGCUUUCUAGAUCAGCUUCUCUACCACGCUCCGGAGAAGUGCAUGAGGUCAAGCAGGGGUACUUUGCUGUACUUGCCGUCUCCGAUGGCGUCUCGAAGAGGUUCAUGGUGCCACUGAGUUUCCUAUCAAACCCUGCUUUUCUCAGGCUGCUAGAUGAGGCUGAGGAGGAAUAUGGAUAUGCCCAACAAAGUAUUUUGACCGUGCUAUGCCAUCCGAGCGAGCUCGAGAGCAUCUUAGCAGGACAGUGCAGGAAAGAGAGAAGGGAAUCCUUCCCUGCUGCGAUCUUCAGAGGGCAGUGGUAA